AUGGCAAAUCGUACGGAAAAUGGUUGUACGGAGAUUAAGUUUUUGAACGGAGUGUGGGUUGAUAAACUUUACAGUUUCAAACCAUCCUACGAGAGAUGCAUUACGGAUACGUUUAGUUCUCGAGUCAAAGUCCAUGAUUUCCAAAACCAGGGUGAUAAAGCUGUGGAGGAUAUUAACUCAUGGGCCUGA